GAAGUGACGGGAGCCGGCGGAAGUCCCGCCCACCCGCCGGUCCCUAGGCGGAAGUCCGCGCCGCCGUCCCUCGUGGCUGGUCGCCGGCAUGGCGCACUACAACUUCAAGAAGAUCACUGUGGUGCCAUCCGCCAAGGACUUUAUCGACCUGACAUUAUCGAAGACUCAACGAAAGACUCCAACAGUUAUUCAUAAACAUUACCAAAUCCAUCGCAUCAGACAUUUUUAUAUGAGGAAAGUCAAAUUUACUCAGCAGAAUUACCAUGACAGACUGUCACAGAUUCUAAUGGAUUUUCCCAAACUGGAUGACAUCCAUCCAUUCUAUGCGGAUUUGAUGAACAUUCUCUAUGACAAGGAUCACUACAAGCUGGCUCUGGGACAAAUAAAUAUUGCCAAAAAUUUAGUGGACAACGUUGCUAAGGACUACGUGCGGCUCAUGAAGUACGGGGACUCCCUGUACCGCUGCAAGCAGCUGAAGCGCGCCGCCCUUGGGCGCAUGUGCACCAUCGUGCGGAGGCAGAAGCAGAGUCUGGAGUACUUGGAACAAGUGCGUCAGCAUCUGUCCCGUCUGCCGACUAUUGACCCGAACACAAGGACCCUGCUUCUGUGUGGGUACCCGAAUGUCGGCAAGUCCAGCUUCAUCAACAAGGUGACGAGAGCGGACGUGGACGUCCAGCCCUACGCCUUCACCACCAAGUCUCUGUUUGUCGGGCACAUGGACUAUAAGUACCUGCGUUGGCAGGUUGUGGACACGCCGGGGAUUCUGGACCACCCUCUGGAGGAUCGGAACACCAUCGAGAUGCAGGCCAUCACGGCCCUGGCCCACCUGCGCGCCGCAGUUCUGUACGUGAUGGACCUGUCGGAGCAGUGCGGGCACGGGCUGCGGGAGCAGCUGGAGCUCUUCCAGAACAUCAGGCCCCUGUUCAUCAACAAGCCUCUGAUCGUCGUAGCGAACAAGUGUGACGUGAGGAGAGUGGCUGAGCUCCCUGAGGACGACCGGAAAAUAUUUAUCGACCUGCAGGCUGAAGGGUUUCCUGUGAUCGAGACCAGCACCCUGACAGAGGAAGGGGUUAUUAAAGUGAAAACAGAGGCUUGUGACCGGCUUUUGGCUCAUCGAGUUGAAACCAAAAUGAAAGGAAAUAAAGUGAACGAGGUGCUGAACAGAUUGCACUUAGCUGUUCCCAACAGACGAGAUGAUAAGGAGCGGCCCCCGUUCAUCCCAGAAGGCGUGGUGGCGCGCAGAAGGCGGAUGGAGCUUGGGGAGCCCAAGAGGAGGCGGGAGCGGGAUAUUGAGCUGGAAAUGGGAGAUGAUUACAUCUUGGAUCUUCAGAAGUACUGGGAUAUCAUGAAUUCAUCUGAGAAGCACGAUAAGAUACCCGAGAUCUGGGAGGGCCAUAACGUAGCUGACUACGUCGACCCUGACAUCAUGCAGAAAUUGCAAGAGUUAGAAAAAGAAGAAGAGCUCAGAACCGCGGCUGGAGAGUACGACAGCGAGUCCGAAAGCGAAGACGAAGAAAUGGCGGAGAUCCGGCAGCUGGCGAAGCAGAUUAGGGAAAAGAAGAAGCUGAAGAUUCUGCAGUCCAGAGAGAAGGACACGCAGGGGCCCAGGAUGCCUCGGACGGCCAAGAAGGUGCAGCGCAAGGUCCUGGAGGAUGAGAUGCGCAGCCUUGGCGUGGACAUGGACGACAAGGAGCACGCCCACUAUGCGGCCCAGGCCAGACGGUCGCGGAGUGUCACCAGGAAGAGAAAGCGGGAGGACUCCGCUCCACCCACCUCUGUAGCCCGGAGUCGCAGUUGCUCCCGGACUCCACGCGAUGUCUCUGGCCUCCGGGAUGUCAAGAUGGUGAAGAAAGCCAAGACGAUGAUGAAGAACGCUCAGAAGAAGAUGAAUCGCUUGGGGAAGAAAGGGGAGUCGGACAGACACGUGUUUGACAUGAAGCCCAAGCACUUACUCUCGGGAAAGAGGAAGGCUGGGAAGAAGGACAGGAGAUAGGGCCCUUUGCGGCUGGCGCUUCCGCGGACUGUUUCCUGGUUUGUUUUGGGGAAUUAGUCAUGAUCUACAGACUGAGCGUAACGAUGAAAUAACUAAAGCACUUGCUGCUUUGCUGAAAGCUGUGGUUCUCCCUUGAUGGUGCAGGUGUGGGGCAUCUGUGUCAGGUCACUGAUACUCUGAGUAGGCGGUAGUAUCUCAUGGAGUUCUGGUUGCUUCGGACUUGCAGGACUGGGAAGGUUUAUUGAGGUUGUUGUUUGUAUUUUUGAUGCACAGAAAUCUUACUCUCUUGUGCAAGAGGUAACUUCGGUUCACUGCAUGUCGGUAGUCCUGCAGAGAAAACACCUCCACUUGUGGGUGUGGGCAGAAGGCUGCCAGCCUGCCCUGCAGACACAGGAGCCAGUGAAGGUGGACAGGUGUGUCAGAUGCCAGCACGAAGUCAGUUUCCAGUCUUCUUGGACAGUGCACCAUUGUAACCUGUCUUCAACCGUUUCAUCCAAAAUAAACUUCCUAAAGAAA